AUGGCGAGUAGCUCUUUCUUGGACAAGCCGCUGCUUAAAGUUAGUCGCCCAGUGGCUGCAUGCUCAAGAUGUCGGACGGCGAAGAUCAAGUGUGACGGGAAACUUCCUGCUUGUUCGGCAUGCGAGAGAGUAGGAAAGGCGAAUACCUGCUCUGGGGCUAGCGAUGAGUUUGCCCGGGGCAAGGAAAGGAGCUACGUUUCCUCCCUUGAAAGCUAUUGCGAGAGACUUGAGAAAAGAAUCGCAGACCUUCGCCGCCGUAAAGAAUCAUUAGCGGUUGACGGAGCCGGGUUUGUUCGGGAGAGUUCAAUAACAUCAAACUCCUCGGACACAGUCUCACAUGCCCAUCGCAAGGAGGUUUCUGACAUUGAUGACCUCGUGGGAGACUUUGGUUUCCUGUCAGUGCUCAUUUGCUCUCUUACCCACCAAGGACAUCCACUGACGGCUUCCAGGUCUGUUAAUGCCACCUCCCGAGACUUUCAUGGAAUUUCAUCUAGCGCGUCGUUUGCAAAUCUUCUCCUAUCCCUCUCCGUCGCAGAACCAAUACCAGACCUACCAUCGUCCUCGUCCCUUCCAACUCGUCACGAAAUUGCACCUCUUCUGCAGCACUACUUUGAGAGAUUCUAUCCGCAACUGCCGUUCUUCAAUGAAACGAGUUUUUGGGCCUCCGUGGACAGCGUCUAUCAAAGUGGUGGCCGGUUCGCCAAGCCGAUUGAUCACUGGUUCCUGCGCAUGGUAUUAGCUAUCUCGUGUGCUUCAACGUAUUAUCGCAUCGGCGACAAGAGUUACCAGAGAGCGCUGUCUUUUGUUUCCGGAGCGUUGCCAUUUGCCGAAGAUGUCCUUCGCCCAGGAUCCAUUAUGGGCAUCCAAGCGAUAUUGCUCCUUGCCCAGUACUCACUUGUUGAUCCCAAGCACUUUCGUCCGUGGUACAUUGUGGGAAUGGCCGUCAGGGUUAUGUUGGAUCUAGGUCUGCAUCAAGAUCCUCCGGCGGAAGACCUCCCUUCCGAGGAACGUUUAGAUAUGCGCCGUCGCGUCUUCCACUGUGUCUACUGUCUGGACAGGGGUGUAAGUACCGCCUUGGAACGCACGUUUUCAAUGUCCGACGAGUCUGUCAACGUUGCGUUACCGUCCGAAUCGAGCAGCGCUUCCAGUCCAAUUUUCUUACACUCUCCUACCCCGGCCUGGCACUUAGUCAAGAUUCGCCAAAUCCUGUCCACGGCGUACCAGAAGAAAUAUAUACAUGAUAAUGACCCGUCAGUGCAGUCGCCGAACUCCACCUGGCGGCUGUGCACCAAAGCCCAGGAAUGGUUCAACACGAUGCCCCAGACAGCACCAAAAUUCUUCCCUCUCCUAUGCAGACUGGAACUACUCUAUACCAUGGUUAUUAUCCUGUCCCCUAACGGUUCUCCGCCGACUACAUAUGACUACGAUAAAGUCUUGCUGUUUGACCACUGCCUGCACUUCAUUGACGAAGCUCACCAAAUUCUGCGAGGGCCUCACCUCUUGCCGUUCCUGACAUGCCUUGACAUCCUGCGGGUAUUCCAGGUCAGCCAACGUCUGAUUGAUGUCCUUCGUCAAGAUUAUGAGCUCGUCUUGAGUCCAUCGGAGCCGGAAUCGCCUCCCGUACCACCCGACGCGCCUGUUCCGCCGGUCUUAUGCCCUGAAGAUCGAAUCAAUUGCCAUGGUCGAGUACUUGACUGUUUGGCCCGUACCAAGGAGCUCCUCCUUUUCGGGGUGGAAAAAUGGGAGAUGAGAUCUCUUUUGAUGACAUUCCAACAAGAAUCUGCUGCCAUCAACGAUCGAUUGAUCCAAUCGCCGAUUUCUUACUUCGUGGGGCACGAGGCUUAUCUACCUGGACAACCUGACCCCCUGUUGGCCCCCGGUAGUGGAUACGCGAAUUUUGAUUUUGGACAAUUUGGCUCUUGGAAAACGUGA